AUGGCAGGGCAGCUCAGUAUCGGCCUACCAAAGGUCCAUGCAUCCAAAGGAAAAGCAGAUAAAUGCGUGCCGCCAACCAACGAUUCCCUCAUGGGGACAUGGCACGUAACCCAUUCAAGUCUGCCGCUCUGGAAGGGCAAGCGCAACGUCAACAUCACCUACGAGUUGUUGCCCGCCGAUGCGUCCGGGGUGACCAAAAUUGACGAUCUCGUCCGCUAUCAAGCCAUUGGCUCUGAUAAAAUCAAGUCAGUGCAUGGGGUGGACACGCCAACCCCGCAGAACCAAGGGGCGUGGGACUGGCGUGGCAAGGGCUGGUUGAAGAUCGCGUCAUCUCACUGGGAAUGCCUUGGAUUCGGACACACAGAUGAUGGCAAUCAAUGGCUCGUCACGUAUUUCGCAAAAACCCUAUUCACGCCCGCAGGGGUGGAUAUCUACUCGCGGAAGAAGGAGGGACUGCCCCCGGCAGUGGUAGAUCAAAUCAUCGCCACUUUGAAAGAUCUCGGAGCCAGCGACAUCACAGAUCUGGCCAACAGCAUAUUUGAGAUCCCCCAUAACUAG